GACUUCCGCACAUCCAAUUCCCCCCCCUCUCUCUCAAUUUUCAUCUCUCGAAGAUCUGCAACACUGCAACUCCAGGCUCUCUUCCUCCCAAGCCAUGAGCGACCCCAUUGAGACAUCGAUAUCUCCAUCGUCUUCGGCAGGCGACCCGAAUUUGAAUCCGAACCCGAUCUCUCUACUCCACCCUCGGCGGGAGCCUUUCGAGCAUGGCCUGCUCCCAAUCCCGAAGCUCGUUUUCACCGACCCGACCCAAACCCUAAUCCCUCUCAAGCAAACCCUCAUAUCCUCCUCCACGAGCACUCGCCGAGUCAACUCCGCCGCCCUCUCCCAAUCCCUCCAGAUCUCCCCUGACCACGCCUGCCUCGUCCUCGACACUCUCGCAUCCGUCCUCCACUCCGACUCCGAUCCGCUCGUCAGCUCCAAGCCCCAAGAGAUUAACUCCUCCUCCGCCGAUGUCCACGAUCUGCUUCUCUUCCUCUACAUCCAGUCCUACAAGAAGUUGCUCCCGAGGACGCACAAGGACUCAGCCGCAGUCGCCGAUGUCUGGCCCUCCACCUCCGCCUUCGAUGGCUACUUGUCCGCUCUCUCGCCUCUUCAGCUUGUACGGAGCAACAGCCGCCGGUUUGUUCCAUCACAGGCUGAUGAAGAGGCUCAUCAGUUAUCAUAUCUUCAAAAGCACUUGGCUAACAUUCUCUCUCUCUUAGCUGAACCUGUGGAGGGGGAAGGCGAAGAAUCUCUGGUUUUGACCAUGGAUAGAUUUGAGCACCUUGGGUUUCUGAUUCAAUUUGGUGAUAAGGGACCUGAAGGAACUCAGCUGAGUCAACAUGCUCCAUUUUUUGCAAAUUCAGAUCCCGACAUGCCUGCUGUACCUGUUCCUGCAGCACAAGUUCACGAUUGGCUUCUACAGAACAUAGCUUCUGCUUUGGAACAUAUUUCAGAAAGGGCUUCUCUUAAAGAAAAUUGCCCAGCUAUUGCCUCUGAUCAGGAUGUUUCUAUGGCGGAUGCCUGCACAACUUCAAUCAAGGCCUCACCAAGUGCUAGGGGUCCUAGUUUUAUUGAAGGGAUCUCCAAAUCAUCACUUGUAAAGCAAGCAUCUGAUCUUAAAGGCUCUUCUGUAAAGGUCCUAAAUUGUCACGAUUCUGUCAUUUACAUCUUAGCACCUUUGAGAUAUGCCACGGUUUAUGGUUGCUCUGAUACUACUAUAGUUAUUGGAGCAGUUGGGAAGGCUGUAAGGAUUGAGCAUUGUGAACGAGUUCAUGUGAUUACAGCAGCAAAACGAAUCUGCAUUGCAAACUGCAGAGAAUGUGUGUUCUUUUUGGGGGUAAACCAGCAACCGCUUAUUGUUGGUGAUAACCAUAAGCUCCAGGUGGCACCAUACAAUACAUUUUACUCUCACUUGGAAGAGCACAUGAAUGAGGUUGGCGUCGAGGCUACAAUUAAUAGAUGGGACGAGCCCCUGGCACUAGGAAUGGUUGAUCCACAUGAUUCAUUAUCUCAUCCCGCAGGUGUCUCUGAUGUGCAGGCUGAAUCAGCUACACGCCUGGACCCUGACCAGUUCACGAACUUUUUGAUUCCAGACUGGUUUGGAUGUGAAUCCUCUGGGUCCACGAAAGACAACCCAUUCCCACUACCAGGUGUUUAUUUGAUGGCUCAGCAGAGAAAUCAAAAAAACUUGGGGGAGAUCAAACAAUUAUUGAGGGAAGCACCCCUUGAAGAAAACCGGAAACGAGAGUUAUCAUCUGCACUUCAUGUAUAUUUCAAAGACUGGUUAUAUGCUUCAGGAAACAUCCGUCAACUUUACUGCCUACAAGGCCGCUGAGAAUCAACUUUCUUGUUCUUCAGAAUGGUAAUAGCUAUUAUAUAUUGCACUGAAACUGGUGCACAAAGUGGAAUUGAAGAUACAUUUUCUAAUCUCAUUGUAAUAUUUAAUUUUUGAAAAAGGAAAAUCUGGCUGUAAUAUUCUGUUAACUAGGUUCACGGUUUUGUGAA